AUGGGAUUCAGUACCGAGGCCGAAUUUGACCAGGCAUAUGCGAGUGUACGGCGCGCCUUUGCUGCCGGCACUACUAAAGAGAAAGAAUGGCGGCGGCAUCAACUCAAACGGGCUUGGUGGAUGGUCGAAGAGAACAAGAAGCGCAUCUGCAACGCACUGUAUACCGACUUACACAGACAUUACCAAGAGUCACAUUCGGCAGACUGCGCUGGGGCUCAGGGGGACAUCCUGCGCACCUUGGAGAAGUUGGAUGAAUGGACCCGAGACGAGAAACCAACCCGGCUGGAUCCAGUGAACUUCUUGGGAGGAACGAUCGUUCGCAAGGAGCCCCUGGGAGUCACUUUGAUCAUUGGAGCGUGGAACUUCCCCAUCACGUUGCUUCUGCAGCCAAUGAUUGCCGCUAUUGCAGCGGGAUGCGCGGUGAUUCUCAAGCCAUCCGAUGUGGCGUCUGCGACCCAGGAUCUGAUGAUGGAAAUCAUUCCUCGGUAUAUGGAUACCGAGGCGAUUCGAUGUGUUUCGGCAGGGCCAAAGGAGAUGGCAUACAUCCUGGAGCACCGCUUUGAUCACAUCUUCUACACCGGAUCAACUAGCGUUGCGAAGAUUAUCCAUGCCGCCGCAGCAAAACAUCUUACGCCGGUUACGCUUGAACUAGGGGGCCAAUGUCCAGCCAUCGUCGCUGAGUCCGCAAAUCUCGAUCUUACGGCGAAACACAUCGCGGUUACAAAGUUCAACAAUGCUGGUCAGAUCUGCUUGAAUGUCAACCAUGUCCUUGUUCAUCCUUCCCUGCGAGAAGAUCUGGUCACCGAGUUGUGUCGAUAUUUCGACAUCUUCCGAGGGGGCAAAGAAAAGCAGCCAGACCAUUAUACACACAUCAUCAACGAGCGCAACUUUGACCGGCUGGAAAGCCUGCUCCAGCAAACCUCUGGAAAAAUUGUAUAUGGUGGCCAACGAGAUCGCAACAGUCGAUACUUUGCACCAACCAUUGUGACUGGCGUCAAGCCCGGCGACCCCCUUCUCUCCGAAGAAAUCUUCGGACCAAUUCUCCCCAUUGUCGAUGCUGAUUUCGACACGGCCAUCUCAUUCACACGAGGACUGGAACACCCUCUCGCAAUCUACGCGUUUACCAACAAAUCCGCCGACAAGGCGCGCAUCUUGAACGAAACCAAGUCCGGCGGCGUCACCUUCAACGACUGCGGUCUUCACGUUGCAGCCUGCGAUGCACCGUUUGGUGGUGUGGGAAAUGCCGGCCAGGGCAAUUAUCAUGGACGACAUGGAAUCUUGACCUUUUCCCAUCUACGCACACACAUCAACGCCAUCCCCUCGUGGCUGGAAUGGUGCAUUGCCGCACGCUACCCCCCGUAUUCCGUCAAAAAGGCCCAUCAGAUGUCCCCACCGACUGUGCCGCCAUUUGACCGUGACGGGAAUGAUCGAUUUGCAGCUGGUCGCUCGAAAUGGGUCUUGCGAUUUGGUGUUUUGGCCCUUUCUACCUUGAUUGUGACCCGACGAGAUCAGAUUGUCGCCCUGGGUUCGAAGUUGUUGUAA